AUGGGAGGGUUUUAUGAUUCGUCAGACGAUCGGAAUCUAAAAUAUCUUCUGGAUAUUUUGCCACUGGAAACUGUUGAAUAUGCAUGCGCCUAUGGUUCGGGUGCGGUACCGCAGGAGAGCGGUGGGACAUUCGACGAAAUGAUCGAUUUCAUUAUUGCAACGCGAGAUUCAAAUCAAUUUCAUAAGCAGAAUUUGAACAUGAAUCCGAUGCACUACUCAUCGUUACGUUUUCUGGGUUAUCAAAAGAUUGCACAAGUGCAAAGGAGCUAUGCCGCUCGGGUCUAUUGUAACACUCGAGUUUCGUACAAAGAUCAAUUUAUUAAGUAUUCUGUGAUUGAUGCCGAUGAUUUGUUGCUGGAUCUAAUCGAAUGGAGAUGGAUGUAUUUGGCUGGAAGAUUACAGAAACAUGUUGUUGAUAUCGUCAGUCCUUCAUCGAGGAUAACUUCCGCUAUGAAAAAGAACCGUUCUAGUGCUUUACAGGCGACAUUGUUACUUUUGCCGGAUAAAUUCUCACUUUCACAAUUUUAUAAUGAGCUCAUAUCGCUUUCAUAUCGUGGUGAUUUUCGAAUGUCAUUUGGUGAAGACAAAAAUAAAAUAAGAAGAAUUGCUGAGGGAAGUAAGACUCAGCUUAAUCAGAUCUAUGCGCCACUCUUGGAAGCUGACAAAUAUAUUUCCAUUCAAGGCUGCACCGUCGAACAAGACAGACGUAGUUCCGUAUUUUAUAAACGAAUUAUGGAAUUACCCUUUAACGUACUUUGGAAUUUACAACGCAGAAUUAACGGCAGGAACGGAAUGCAAAACGAUAUAGAGGAGAUUGCUGCUUUACUGGCACGACAACUGAAUGGACCGAAACCUGUUGCUGCGGCCAUUGAAGAUAUUGUCCGAAGAUCUGCUUUGCAACAGACUGCAAAAAAUGCAUUUUCUGCAGGUAUCACACGCUCAAUUGCUUAUGCUUUUACAAAGACCACAAAAAUGCUGAAGUCAAUGAAAUAUUUAUAA